AAAACUUAAAAGCUUAAAUAGAUUUGUUCGGACAGCAAAACAGCAAAACUAUCAUCACCCGCCAAAUAACAACAACGAAGGUCAACGUCGUACACUUUUGAAAAAGUCAAAAUCCUUUUGGUUUGAAUUCGAGAAUGAAAACGCCGGCUCGUCGAUCGGAGCGGGUUGAUCAGGAAUCGGAAGCCAAGGUUACAACUCCAGUGGCCCUACGUGCACGAGCGAAGAAGAACUGUUCCAAGACUCGAGCGGUUCGGGUCAGACCCGAAUACCCACUACUGACCCGUUCUUCCGCUGAGAUGAAGCUAUUGGCUCCCGAGUUCUUUCAAAUCGACGCCCUUGAUCUUGCGCCGCGUUUGCUCGGGAAGUUUCUUAGGAGAGACAACGUUGUGCUGAGAAUUACAGAGGUAGAAGCUUAUAGACCAAAUGAUUCAGCUUGCCAUGGACGAUUCGGGGUUACCCCACGGACCGCACCAGUUUUUGGACCAGGAGGCCAUGCCUAUGUUUAUCUUUGUUACGGUCUCCACAUGAUGCUCAAUAUUGUUGCUGAUAAGGAAGGAGUUGGAGCCGCUGUUUUGAUACGGUCUUGUUCUCCUGUCACCGGACUGGAGACCAUACAGGAGCGUCGUGGCCAGAAAACAGACAAACCCGUUCUUCUUAAUGGUCCAGGAAAGGUGGGGCAAGCGCUUGGACUUUCAACAGAGUGGUCUCAUCAUUCUCUCUUUUCUCCUGGAGGUUUGGAGCUCCUUGAUGGAGGAGAAGAUGUGGAGAAGAUAAUGGUUGGUCCUCGCGUUGGGAUAGAUUACGCAUUGCCUCAACAUGUCAAUGCAUUGUGGAGAUUUGCCAUUGCAGACACUCCAUGGAUAAGUGCUCCUAAGAACACUCUUAAGCCUCUCUAACUUCAACCCAAAAGCUAUAACAGAAGAAAGAACUUCAAUCUAAUAUUCUUUUGCUUUUUGUUUGGCCUCUCCUUUGAUAUUUGAAUGUGUUAGGAUAUCACAAAUAAUAUUCUAUUUAUUCUGUAAACAAAAAUAUAUUAAAUAAUCAUAACACUUAUUAGAAUAAUCUAUAAACAUACAAACAUAUUGUUAUUUUUUGGGGUAACAAACAUAUGAUGUUUCCUAUUCUCUGCG